AUGAGGCUUCACUCUGUUGCUCUGGGCACCGGCCUGCUUGGUGCCUCCGCCGUUUCCGCGGCGAAGAAUAGCUUGCCAGUGAACAAGGUGUACGGUACUAACCUUGGAAGCUGGUUAUUGGCUGAACCUUGGAUGUUUCCUAAUGAAUGGGUAAAUAAAAUGGGCGGCGAUAGCUGUGAGGCCGAUUGUUCCUCUUGUGCGUUCAGCGAAUUCGAUUUGGUUAAAAAGCUCGGUCAAGAGCAAGCAGACAAAGUGUUCAAUGAACACUGGGCCACAUGGUUCACCGAGAAGGACGCGGACAUCAUCAAGAAUGCAGGCCUCAACACGAUUCGUAUCCCACUCGGCUACUGGAUCGUCGAAUCCCUUGUAGACCGCUCUACUGAAUACUACCCUCGCGGUGGAAUGAAGUACCUGAAGAAAGGUCUUCGCUGGCUCAAGCAAAGGGGUAUUCACGUCAUGCUUGAUCAUCACGCUUUGCCUGGUGUCGCGUCUGCCAACCAGAUGUUCGCAGGCCGCUGUACGACUGAUGUCCAAUUCUACACCGAGAAAAACUACAAGCGAGCGUUGAUCUGGGCUGGAGUUAUGACCGUUCUGACCCACACCGAUCCCGAUUGGAGUACUAUCUUCUCCAUUGAGGCUAUCAAUGAGCCAACUCAGGACGCUACCAAGACCCCUGGAUACGGUGACUAUCAAAAACGAUUCGUCAAAGUUGUCCGACUCGUCGAAUUCGGCCUUGGAGUCCGGUGCCCAGAGACCGAUUACACCAAGAUCUUCACCAAACCUUCGUAUAAAAAAUCCUUUGACAAGGGCUUGAUUGCCGUCGCUGCUCAAGUGGAAGACAAGGUGCUUGCUGAGGUGUUGAAAGAGGUAAACGCUGCCAUGAAAACAAUAAACGCCGACCUUAACCUCAGCGUUGACCUGGACGUCGAUGUGUCUUUAUCGGUGUCGGUCGACGAAUCCGUGCCGGACGUCGAGAAACGCGAGGCGGCAGAACCGAUCGUUCCUCAUGGAUCCAGCUUUGAACGCCGCAACGCUCGCAGGCGUCUCCAUCACGAACGAGGCCUCUCAGCCAAGUUUGGCAAGGACGUAUGCCGUAAUUGCUUGUCAACUUCAUUCCAAAAUAUGCACUGGCAAUACAACAACCCACCCAACCCGGCUGAUGCUGCUAAUGGACCUCAAGUCUACGAUGCUCACUUGUAUUUCUCGUUUGGUGGCGUUGCUGACCCCAAUCCCGAGUCCUAUAUGAAAACCAUCUGCAAUACAAACCGCGUGGCAGAGGCAACGGCGGUCGGCAACCGCCCGCUUGUAUUCGGCGAAUGGUCUGUCGCCACCAACUUCAAGACUGAGCCUCAGUUCUACAAGGAUUGGCUGGAUGCCCAGAGGACUAUCUAUGCUGGUCAGGCCGACGGCUGGCUCUUCUGGAGUUACAAGCUUGAAGAGGGCAACAAGUACACUCCUGACAUGUCAUGGUCUGCGACUUACAAUGCUGGGUACUUUGACCCGAAGGAUCCCAGCAAGCUUAACAACCCAGAUAUUUGCAAGCCUUGGAUCGCAAACAGCACCGCUACCUCGGCUUGA